GUGAGCUGGGUCUAGUAUUGGUUUGUUUUCAGAGCAGAUAAAUAUGAAGAAAAGAUCGACGAAAAAUGCUUUAAAAACAUACUUUAAACCUAUUUGGUCGUAUAUAAACCAGAAAAGAAACAUCUAAGGAGGACAAAGUACUAUUUAACGAUGCCUGGGGAAGUGAGAAAUCCGUUAAUUCACGCUAGAGACCGAUUAUUCCGGGCUCUGUUUUUCAAGAUGGCUCUGAUGUACGCAAGAUCUUUUCCUCCUAUGGUCCGAAUAUUACUUGAAAUGGGAGUCCUCUUAAAGGCGAUUAUAUGUUUCAUUAUCUUGGCAUAUAUUCACAACGCAUUCUCCAGAACCCCCAUUAAUUGCCUAGAUAAUGUUAAAAACACAUGGCCUAGAGAUGGCGUUUUGAGGGUGACAAUAUCAAGGGGACAAGCCGUAAGAAAAUUAUCAGAAAAUGAACUAAAGCAUAAUAUAUCCAAUAUAAAUAAUAUGUCAUUGGUUAAUACAAGUAUAAGCAAUCGGUCAAUGAUUGGGAAUAUUACAGACUAUGAGGAUAUUAUGGUAAAAGAAGGUGAUGACAACUCAACGGCAGAAAUUUAUGGUUUGAUACCUAAUGGCAGACAAGAGAAGAACCAAGUUCCUGUUAGAGAUACCCUUGUGCCUUCAGCAUUUGAUUUUCUUGGUCACAAUAAAGAAGAUGAGAAGAAAGAUGAAUAUUCCAUGGAGUAUUCCCUUGAGUACGGUUUCCUCAGAUUAUCACCUGAAGCCAGACAUAGGCUGAACAUCACUGUUAUGGUUGUGAAACUAAAUCCUGAGGAAGAGAAGUGCUUUGGUGAUGCACUAAGCCGGUUUCUACUGGAUGAGUUUCUUGGCUAUGAUGAUGUUUUGAUGUCCAGUAUUAAGAAACUGGCUGAGAAGGAAGACAAUAAAGGAUACCUGAGGAAUGUAGUGACUGGUGAUCACUUCAGGUUCAUCAGCAUGUGGAUGGCAAGAAGCUCAUACAUUGUGGCUUUGAUUCUCAUGUUUAUAUUUACUAUUUCUAUCUCCAUGUUGCUGAGAUAUUGCCAUCAUCAGAUAUUUAUCUUCAUUGUGAAUCUACUGCAGAUGCUGGAUCUGAAUGUAACCAUUGCAUUUCCAGCUGCACCCUUGUUUACAGUCAUACUCUCUCUUGUUGGUAUGGAAGCAAUAAUGUCAGAGUUCUUUAAUGACACUACAACUAGUUUCUAUAUCAUACUGAUUGUAUGGACAGCUGAUCAGUAUGAUGCUAUCUGCUGCCACACGCAGCAGAGCAAGAAGUUCUGGCUCAGGUUUUUCUACUUGUAUCAUUUUGCUUUCUAUGCGUACCACUAUCGCUUCAAUGGUCAGUACAGUGGACUGGCACUAGUGACGUCAUGGUUGUUUAUCCAGCAUUCUAUGUUGUUUUUCUUCCAUCACUACGAACUCCCUGCGAUUCUAAGCCAGGCUCAGCAAUUGAAUCCUGAAGAUGAUCUUCUGGCUGAUCCGAUACACUUCCUUACAGAUGAGGCACAAAUUCCUAUCCCCCCUGCUGAACAAGCAUUACAGAAUAAUGCGUUACCUGACAAUCUACAACAGAAUAAUGCGUUACCUGACAAUUCACAACAGAAUAAUGCGUUACCUGACAAUCUACAACAGAAUAAUGUGUUACCUGAGAACCCGACACAAAACAAUGAGUUACCUGAGAAUUCAUUACACAAUAAUGUGUUACCCGAGAAUCCUUUACAGCAUCAUUCCUUACAUGACAAUUUGUCAUCAAAUAUUGCGUUACCUGAUAAUUCACCACACAAUAAUGCGUUACAUGCAUUACAGAAUGAAUCUUUACGAAAUAAUAUGUUACCAAAGGGUGUGUUACAAAAUGAUACCAAAGACGUUGAUGCAUUACAAAGUAGUGCGUUACCUGCCACGUUAUUACAAAACAGUUUAGUCAAUACUACAUCACAUCAUAGUGAAAGCGUUACACUAAGCAACGCAGUUGAAAAUGAAGACUUUGACAGUGAGACAAAGCUACCAUGUAGUAGCCAGGCAAGGACAUUAAGCUAUGAAACCACAAGUAUAGAGCCAGGUGCCCUUACUCACAGACUUGGGAACCUUACUGGUCCUUCAAGGUCCACUAAAAAGGAGGACUCUGGUGUUCCUACGUCACCUGGGAGUUCUUCAGAGAAAGAGUUGAGUGCAGGGACCGAGGCAGGUCUUUCAUUAGUGCAAAAACAAAAAUCAGAGUGAACCUGGUCGAGUUUCUUUGCUGAUUGAUUCUCAGUUCACUCAUUAAGCAGUUGGUCGUACAUGGUCACAUGUACAGCCCAUGGUUACCACGAAACCAUGGUAACCCCACAAAAAAAAGAAACAGUGAUAUUGCAUAAUAAUAACUGCAAUAAUAUGAUCAUGAUUCACGAAUCUGCUUAGACAGGAAAUAAUGAGUGAAAUCCGAUAAUCUAUUACAGUUUGAUUGCUUUAAAAAUAAUAUACAGCGAUUAAAGAAGAAGAAUACCAAGAUCUGCAUGGGAUUGUAAUCCCUAAAUGUUUAUAUUAUGACGUCAUUAUUUCAGAUGACGUCACUUGUCAAAAUUGACGUCAAGAUGAAGAUGUUAGCUGAAGCUGUCAAAAUGUAAGAAUAUGGAUUAACCUAAAUUUAAUGGAAGAAAAAGGAAAGCUUACUAUAAAAGAAAUGCAUGUGUCUGACACGUCUAUUGUACAUUCAUCUAGUUGUUCUAGCUCUUGUAGCAAGGAUGGGAUAUAUGCUUGCUCCUGUCUACCAUACUCUUUUAUUUCUCAAGAAAACCAGUCAGUUAAUUAUUGAGCGGACAACAUUCAAGGGUAGCACAAUUUUGAACAACAAUCCUUUGCGCGCUCUGUUCUUUUAUUAUUAUUAUUCUGUGUUUAUUUGUCAGUAUUCAAGUAAAUCAGUUUCAGUAACAGUUACGACUAAACAGUUCCGACUGUGAACCAGUCAAUUCCGAGGCAGUUAGGUGUGGUACUUAAGACAGGUUAUAUAGUACAGGAGGUUAAGGCACGUUUGUAAGGGGUUGGGCUACCUUGGUGCUAGAGACAUCAAUGCCAAGUCGGCCCAGUGUUUGCCUCGACCUCUGAACGGCUAAUAUGUAUAUGAUAUUGAUGUGUGAUGAUAAUACAUGGAAGAUUCUAGUAAAGUUGUAGUAUG